GUCGAUGAGUAAUUUUCAAGAUUCAGUCAUUCCCAGACUCAGUCGUAAUUAAUUCCCAUUUCUCACGAGUAAUUUGUAUAUUGCAAAAUGGAUUGGCUUUUCGGCAAGAAAAUGUCUCCAGAUGAGAUGCUGCGCAAAAAUCAGCGGGCCCUAAAUAAGGCGAUGCGCGAUCUGGACCGUGAGCGCAUGAAAAUGGACCAGCAAGAGAAAAAAAUUAUAGCAGACAUAAAGAAAAUGGCAAAAGAGGGUCAAAUGGACGCAGUGAAGAUCAUGGCCAAGGAUUUGGUGCGCACGCGUCGAUAUUCAAAGAAAUUCAUGCUGAUGAAGGCAAACAUUCAGGCCGUCUCACUAAAAAUACAAACGCUCAAAUCCCAAAACACAAUGGCACAGGCUAUGAAAGGUGUCACGAAGGCAAUGCAGAAUAUGAACCGGCAGUUGAAUCUCCCACAGAUACAAAAGAUCCUGCAAGACUUUGAAAAGCAAUCUGAAAUGAUGGAUAUGAAGGAAGAAAUGAUAAAUGACGCAAUUGACGACGCCAUGGAGGAUGAGGGCGAUGAGGAGGAGACCGAUGCCGUUGUCUCGCAAGUCCUAGACGAACUGGGUCUACAGCUGGGCGAGCAACUUGGAGAUUUACCUACUGCUUCCGGCUCCCUAUCCAUAGCAGGUGGAGCACAGAAAACGCCAGCCGCCAUUGCAGCGGGUGCCGUGGGUGGAGGUGGUUCUGGCGGCGGUGGUGGUGCAGGCGCAACCACAGCCGGCAGCAGCGGUGCCUCGUCACCCAUGUCCGACGCUGACGCCGAUUUGCAAGCGCGUCUGGAUAAAUUACGAAAGGACUAAACACCGCCUCUAGCUCUUCACCUAAACCUAUAGUUUAUGCAUUUUUGUACGAAUAUGAUUUGUGUCCGGUUCAAGUUUGUGUGGAACUGAAAUGUUAUUAAAUUUAAAUACCUAUGUAACCCACUGCUGGAAAAAAAAACCAAUAAGAACACUUGUUUAUGAUUAAUGAA